AUGGGAAUGAUGAGGCAUCAGUCACAUCAAGCAGAGAAGCUUCCAGAUAGCUCAGUGCCUUGGGAGAAGUGCAAAGCCAGCACUGAAGUUUAUGGCUUGGGUCCAACGGCAAACUUUGCCAGGCUGAAGUUAAAGCUCACUGAUCUUCAAAAGUCGCCUGGAAAUCUGAUUAGGACUCGUAUGUUUUUCAAAAUUUCAUUCAUCGCUUUUGCCUCUUUAUUCUUCAUCUUAGUUUCAAUCACCACCUUCUGCCUGGAAACACAUGAGGCUUUCAAUACUAUUAUAAACAAAACUGAGCAGGUCAUCAAUGGGACAGAAGCUGUGUUACAGUAUGAGAUUGAGACAGAUCCUGCACUGACAUACGUGGAAGGAGUCUGCGUGGUAUGGUUUACAUUUGAAUUUUUAGUACGUGUUAUUUUUUCUCCCAACAAACUUGAAUUCGUCAAAAACCUCUUGAAUAUCAUUGACUUUGUGGCCAUCCUGCCCUUUUACCUAGAAGUGGGCCUGAGUGGGCUCUCCUCCAAAGCUGCUAAGGACGUGCUCGGUUUCCUCAGGGUGGUAAGGUUCGUCAGGAUCCUCCGGAUUUUCAAGCUCACCCGGCACUUCGUGGGCCUCAGGGUGCUGGGCCACACUCUGCGAGCCAGCACCAAUGAAUUUCUGCUGCUGAUAAUAUUCCUGGCCCUCGGUGUUUUGAUAUUUGCCACUAUGAUCUACUACGCAGAGCGGGUGGGAGCCCAGCCUAAUGACCCGUCAGCGAGUGAACACACACAGUUCAAAAACAUCCCUAUCGGCUUCUGGUGGGCUGUAGUCACCAUGACCACCCUGGGAUAUGGGGAUAUGUAUCCACGGACUUGGUCAGGCAUGCUGGUGGGAGCCCUGUGUGCACUGGCAGGAGUGCUCACCAUAGCCAUGCCCGUGCCUGUGAUAGUUAACAAUUUUGGGAUGUACUACUCCCUGGCCAUGGCAAAGCAGAAACUGCCAAGGAAGCGAAAGAAGCAUAUCCCUCCUGCUCCUCAAGCCAGCUCACCCACCUUCUGCAAGACAGACUUGAACAUGGCCUGCAAUAGCACACAGGGUGACAUCUGCCUGGGCAAGGACAACCAGCUGAUGGAACACAACAGAUCAUCAGUGUUAUCAGGUGAAGACAGUGCAGGAAGUGAGCAGCCACUCUCACCUGGUGAAAGGCUCCCUCCCAUCAGACGUUCUAGUACAAGAGACAAAAACAGAAGAGGGGGAACAUGUUUCCUACUGACAACAGGUGAUUACACGUGUGCUACUGAUGGAGGGAUCAGGAAAGGCUAUGAAAAAUCUCGAAGCUUAAACAACAUAGCUGGCUUGACAGGCAAUGCUCUGCGACUGUCUCCAGUAACAUCACCCUACAGCUCACCUUGUCCUCUAAGGCGCUCUCGGUCUCCCAUCCCUUCCAUCUUGUAAACCAGAUGGCAUCAAUCGGCUACAUAGUAUUAAAUCAAAUGCUGUUUACCACUUAUUGGAAAUAAAUGUAGCAUUAAGCAUAGGCUCCACAAAUACGGUCUAACUCCUGCAUGAUACAACUGUCAGUAGUAAGAAAAGCCACUUGGGUAGCUGAAGAUUUUUGUCUUGGCUUUUAAAGGUUACUUAAGGUAGCAUUUCUCCUUUUAUCUACUAUAUUGUCCUACUUUCCUGUGGCAAUAAAAGGACAGUUAGUGGAUGCUCUUGUCCAGUAUAUUCAAUAAAUAAGCAUAUUUUCAGGGAGAUUUACUUAAAACAAUGUGCUUCCAAGUAAUUAUCAGUAACUCCAUUGAACCUCCAUUCCUUGUGACUCUAAUCCAUUCUGAAGAUGUCUGCUCUGAAGGGUCUGCUCAUUUGCAUGGACCAUCCUGUCUCCAUCACCUGACAAGCAGUGUUGCCGAUCGUGGAGACCACAGAGGGCUCUGGAUGUGUGUUCUCACAUUGUUACCAUCCUGCUGAAAUGAAAGCACUGAUAAACUGGUCUGCAUGUGGGAUUGUUUUUCUUUGUUUAACCUUUUCCUUUAUUUUUUUAACUAUCUACUUGUUUAUAAACGACUUUAUUUUGUGAUUAACUUAUUUCGGUACUGGAUUGCUGUAUCAGAGUUCUGAAUGUCUCCGGUUGUUUGCACACAGAUAACUGCAAAGAGGUUGUCAUUACUGGUUACACGCAAGCAGAAGCCAGAUCUCUUUCUUAAUGGCUUGGGGAAGGCACAAAACAUGCAAGAAAGGUAAACGCCAUCCAGACUUGCAAUUUUAAGCUAGCAAGUGCUGCUUGGUACUGUAGUAUUUUCUCUACUCCAGGGUUCUUCAACAUUUUCAGAAGCUGGUACCAAGUAAAACUGAAACAAUUAUUGGGGGCUUUUUUUUUUUUUUUUUACCCAUUGUAAGAGGGUAGUAGUUCUCAAGUUGGGUUUUUGACCAGCCUUAUACCUCUGGCUCACGGGCUUCAAAAAUUUCUUCAGUCAGUGUUGAGGUGCUUUGUCCUCUAUGUUGUUCGUCUGUCUGUUUUGCAACCUGUCUCCUUGUAUUCUCCAUCUGUCUCCAUAAAGCACAGAGAUACUGUUAAAAUGCCCCCCUUUUUUUAAGUUGAACUAAGAGCACUUUUCCUCCUUCUCUCUUUUUUUCAUAUGGACUAUACAUCCUUGUAUAGAUAGAAAUAUACGUAUUUUUCAAGUGCAGUUAGUAUCGUCUAGACUAACUCGUGUGCACUCCUAAGAUUUUUCAAGCGGCUUUUCAGCACUGACCGGUUGCCUAUUGCAUCAAUCUUCCUCCUAGCAACCAGCAUUCGUUACAAUUUUGAAACUGUAUCUCCUCUAGUGGCUUUUUCAUUCAAUAUUAACCUCUGUUUAUGCAACAGGACAAAUGCAAUGGCAAAUUUGAGGUUCUGGGCUGGUGAGGAAAAAUUACCCUUAAACUGUAGAGUUUUAGAACUACACAGGGAAGAUCAUAAUGACUGAAAUCUUAAGUGAUCCUUGAAAUUGUUGAAUAAUACCUGUCAUGUUUUACUUUUUUGUUAGGAAAAGAAAUUAAAUAUUUUGUUGACCGUGUAACAUGUUCUUCUGUAUAUAGCCAAGCCCAAUAGCAUGACCUGCAUGUCAGAAUUCUUGUACAAUAAUGUAUUUAUCAAAGUAUACAUUUCUGAUAUUUAGAGAUGUACAUUGAUUUACUUUUGGUAAAAUAUUGUCAAUAGAAAGAUAAUUGCAAACAGCUUUUAGCAAAUGAAUUAAUAUAAUAUCUGGUGCUGCUGUUAUAUUAACUACAGUGUUGUACAGAAUUUAUCAUGGAUUUUUGACUGCUGAAAAAGGGACAAUGGAAUUUAGCCAUACCAAGGACUGUACUGGAAAGAGACUGCUGCUGCUGAAUGGACCCUGAUAAACGACUCACACCUUGAGGAGGUCACUGAGACUGUGCUGAGAAGCAGAGCUUGUUAAAGAAGAUGAAAGACCGCUGAUAAUUACUGCUGCCAGAGGAAGGGGUGACUAGUCACUGUUGAUGAGUCAGUGUAAAUAAAACGCGUGUGCAUGGAAUAUCAGUUUUUAGCUGUAUCAAGGAAAGCUGAAUUCAUGUCAUCAUUGCUAAGGCUCCAUGCAAAGACCCACACCCCUGUGUUUAUUAUUCCUGGUUCCUGCAGGAAGCUGUGCUGUGGAUCAUACAAAGACACGCGCUUAAUAAUGAUAGUGAUGUAAACUACAUCUGUCUUGACUUCUGUCAUACUAAUGGCAUAUAUUGCAAAAGUCACAAAUUUAAACAGAGUAGGUUUGCAUAAGUCCUUGCUUUCUCAGUUUGCCAUGUCCUAAAUUGUUAUGAAUUCUAGUGUACAUGCCAAGUCCUAAGUUUACUUUUCACUCUAAUAACAAAAAUGUGACUGCAGACAAACAUCACUGACUUUGUUCACAGCACACAGUCUUCUUUCAUUGUUACCUCAAACUAUAAGUAUUAUCAGAAAUAAAAUUCUGGCAGCAAGAAUAUUUUGUGGGUUUUUUUUUUUUUUAAUUCAAAGUGUUGCAAACCCAACAUUAAUAAGUAUAAAAAUUGUAUUAAAAUUAUAUUCUACAAAUGUAUAUUUUACAUAAAAUAUAUAUUCUUUGAUAAGUUAUUUUCUGUGAUUUUUGUGGUAAAUGGAUCUAGUCUAUUCUAUGUUUAUGAGACAUUGUAGUGCUACGAUGUGGUAAUUAUGUUCCCUCCAUCCUAUUCAGUGGGAAAUUCUCCAGAAUCUGUUUUGUCACUCUGGUGUCCCAAUUGUAGGGACCUGUCCCAGUUGUGAAACUCUGUAUCGUGGAACUUCUGUGAACAUGUCAAGGUGCAUGCGCAAUCCUGGUGGAAACCAGUGGAAAUGUAAUACCUGAAUUGGAGAAUAAAAGGCAAAAGACCUGGGGAGGAACUUGGAACAUGU